AUGGCUCACAAUUUAAGGUCCAAGGACAAGGGCACGAAGGACGGUGAGGAGGAGGAGACGUUGGAUCCUGUGCGGGCCACCCAGAUCCGGAUCAUGUUAGAAGCAGCUGAAGAUGAGAGGAGAAUAAGACGUGAAGCAGCUAAAAGGGAGGAACAACGCGCAGAAAGGGAGGAGCAACGCGCAGAUGAGGAUAGAAGGCUACGGAGGGAAGCUGACAUACAAUUAAAAAUUAAUAAUCGUAAUAGUCAACAGGAAGACCGGGUUAACAUGGGCAACAGAUUUGGCCCCAUGUUAGGAAGAUGCCCAACUGACCCUCGGGAGAUCUCCGCAUAUUUUCAACGGAUUGAAGGCAUAUUUGAAAGUUAUAGAAUCAGUGAUGAGGCCAAGGCUGAACUGUUGUUAUCCAGAUUGGAGCCGAAGAUGAAAACUAUAUUGAAUGAACUUCGGACCGAAGAUUAUACAAAUUAUGAAGCUAUAAAGCAGCAAAUCAUUCGCUCUUGCCGAUUUUGUCCGAAGAAGCUCCGGGAUGCAUUCUUUUCAACCUAUAAGGCAAAGGAGGAAACAUACCCAGCAUUUGUUGCACAAUUGUAUCGCCAUCUCAAAUUCUAUUUCCAGAGUCGGAAAAUUGAAACCCUUGAACAAGCCAUGUCCUUGUGGGUUGUGGACCGUUUAAAGGAGAUAAUACCAAAAAAUUUGGUAGAGUACAUACUGGCUCAGGAGGGUGACGAGUGGUUACCACAUGAUAAAGUAGCAAACCUGUUGGAGACUUAUGAAGCGAAUAUGAAUAUGAGGGGAUCGACCAACUCUAUUUCUAGUUUCCGAACACAGUCUGGUCAUGCUCAUUUAGGAAGUGACAGUAAAGG